AUGGCUACAAAAAUAGUGAAACUGAGUAAUUUCAGUAGGUUAUGUUGUUCGUCCCGUAUCGGAGGGAUUAUACAUGAGGAGAGGAUUUCUUCUGUUUCUUCAAUAUCAAUGAGUAAGAAAUAUACUACAAAAUCUGCUAGGGAAAGUGAAGACGACGUGGAAAGAAAGCGUGGGGAUGAAAAAAAGGAAUCAUUAAAAAGUUCCAGUGUACCAACUUCACGAAUAUCGAGAUUAUUUCAUUAUGGUUCACUGGCAGCAGGGGUAGGAAUGAAUGCCGCUGCAAAAGGUAUAUCGGAAGUUGCGAAGGGCAAUUCUCCCACCUGGAAGUCGUUGAUUCUAUCAGAUUCAAAUAUUGACAGAAUCACCAAUAAAUUCUCCAAAAUGAGAGGUGUAGCCUUGAAAAUAGGGCAACUAUUAUCUUUCCAGGAUGAGAAAGUACUGCCAAAGGAGUUAUACGAAAUUUUAUCAAGGGUACAGAACAGUGCGAAUCACAUGCCUCAAAGACAAUUGGAAAAGGUUAUGACCAAGGAAUUGGGAGCUGACUGGAAGACAAAAUUCUCCAAUUUUGACAAAGUUCCUAUGGCAGCAGCUAGCAUCGGGCAGGUGCAUGCGGCAGAAUUACCUAAUGGUCAAAGAGUAGUUGUUAAGAUUCAAUAUCCUGGGGUUAAAGAAUCCAUUGAUUCGGAUUUGAAUAGUUUACUAAUGUUACUUACAGCCUCAAGUUUAUUGCCGAAGGGUUUAUUUUUGGAUAAGACAAUUGCCAACGCUAGAACCGAGUUAAAAUGGGAAUGUGAUUACAAUAGAGAAGCUAGGGCUCUACAAAAGUUCGAGAAGCUGCUGAAGGAUGAUCCAGCAUUUGAGGUUCCUCAUGUGUUUCCUGAAUACACAACUGAUAAUAUUAUAACUAUGACACGUAUGGAGGGAACUGAAAUAAUGAAAUUGCCCAGGGCAUCCCAAGAAACUAAAAAUUUUAUUUCAGAGAAUAUUAUGAGACUAUGUUUGGAGGAAAUUGCCACGUUCAAGUAUAUGCAAACGGAUCCUAAUUGGGCAAAUUUUUUAUAUAACGGUAAAACAAAGAAAAUUGAAUUAUUGGAUUUCGGUGCGUCCAGACCUUUUGCAGAAGAUUUUAUUUUAAAAUAUAGAAAACUUUUAACAUACGCCACAUUAAAAGAUCGGAAAGGAGCAUACGAAAUGUCUGUGCAACUGGGCUACCUUACUGGCUUAGAGUCGCAGUCCAUGAAAGACGCACACGUCGAUAGUGUACUUACACUUGGUGAACCUUUUAGGGGCGAUUUCGAUAAACCUUUUGAUUUCAAGGAUCAAACUGUUUCAGAUAGGAUUAGAGGCAAUAUCGGGUUAAUGUUGAAUGAGAGAUUAUGUCCGCCACCGGAGGAAACAUACUCGUUACAUAGAAAAUUUAGUGGCAUUUUUCUUUUGUGUGCAAGAAUGGGUGCUUCUGUCCAUUGUGCAAGGCUUUUUAAAGAGAUUUUUGCUUAUGAAGUUUGA